AUGCCUUCCGCAUCCCCAUCAUCUCCUUUCGAGGCUGGCAUCUAUCUUCCUGGGGGCCAUAACACCGACCCGCCGAUGACAUCCGACACGGACGGCUAUCGAUUGAAUCACUUUAUGCUCCGCAUCAGGGAUCCUCAGCGCACUCUGCAUUUCUAUAUUGACCUCAUGGGCAUGCGCACUAUUUUCACCAUGAACGCCGGUCCGUUCACCAUGUACUACCUCGGCUACCCACCCACCCCCAGCGACCGCGCCGAUCUUUCUGCCUGGGCCUCCCGAGUCGCCAACGUCCGCGAACUUACCCAGACCAUUGGGCUGCUGGAGUUUUACCAUACUCAUGGGACUGAAAAGGACGACGAGUUUAGAGUCUCUUCCGGGAACUCGCCUCCUAACUUGGGUUUUGGCCAUCUAGGAUUCACUGUCCCGGACGUUCCCGCGGCUGUCGAGCGCCUGAGGCGGGAAGGGGUACACGUGCUGAAAGAUCUGGGGGAUAGUUCGAGGGAGAGUGUUCCUCUCAGUACUUGGGAGGAGCAUCGCGGCUUCGGAACGGGGGAUCUACAUCCAAAGUUCAAGGAAAUUUACGAUCAGAUUGCGUGUGUGGCUGAUCCGGUGGGCUGA